CAUUGGAAGAGAGAAAAAGAGGGUGGCGCAUGCGCGUUGGGCCGACGCCAUCUCUAAACUACUGUGCAUUUAUUACUUGUUGAAAUAUUUCGAUGAUUUUUAUUAGAUUUUUGUGUGCUAAUUCGUGAUAAAAAGCGUUAAUCAUGGAAUUACUGUGCCGCGAGUGAGGUCAAGUGUACGUGCGCGUCAUUUCGUGACUACAUCAUUCCAAUCAGUGCCGUCGGCGGGGUCUCGUCUUGCGGAAGUUUCAUAGCUAUAGUAACGCAUAUUUUUUGCGACUGUCGCUACCGCGCUCGCAACACACAAGUUUUAUGAGCGUUCAUCAACGAAAACGCUAGUGCUUUCGUCGCGGCGAAGCGAGUGAGUUUUAGUUGAUAUGAACUCUGCUUUAAAACCAGUGCUGCCCCAGCCGGGGGUGCCGCACGGCGGGCAGGCGAGUCCCGCCAAGGGCAACGUCGCCAGCGCCAACCACGCGGGGGCCCUUCCGCAGGGCGCCAACUCGCUGCACGCGCCCAACAGCGUCAACGUGCAGAACCUGUCCCAGCACGCGCCCGGCGCGCCGCCGCCCUCGCACGCCGCGCCGUCCAUGGCGCCCGUGUCCGCCAACAUGGCGCAGAUGGCUCAGAACAUGAGCCACCACGGCAACCUGUCGCUGGCGCCGCACCCCGCCGCGCCCGCGCCCGCCGCCAGCCCCAGCAAGAGCGCCAGCACCAGCGCGCCGCUCAGCCUGGUGCAGGACAAGGUGCCUGUCUCCCAGCCCCUGGCGCUGACCCGCACACCCGAGAAGAAGGAGCCCGAUUCUACUGGCCAGGCGAAUGGCACUGUUGAAUCUCCAAAAUCUGCCUCCAACGCACCUGCUAUGCUCAAACCUCAGAAUCCUGAACCCAAACAGGAGAAACAGGACAUUGCUAAAACAUCACCGAGCACACCUAAGCCGCCCGAGAAACCAGCCAGCACCCCUGGCACUCCACAGAAGCCUGAAGCUACUCUACCUGUUAGUCAAACAGAUGGCCCCGCACAACCUAAAGUUGCCACUGCAAAUGAACCUCCAGAAAAAUCACCUUCGAAACCCACUGAGCCUAAACCAGCACCCACAGCAGACGUUGCACCCUCACAGAGUGAUAGUAAACCGGUGCCCGAGUCAGCUAAUGAAUGUCAAAGUCAAGAAAAACCACCAUCCCCACUGAAACCAGAGAAAAGUGCAGAGGAAAGUGCAAAACCUGAGCCUUCACCAGAGAAGGAAGACAAAAAAGAUGAGGUCAAGGAGGAACCAGUAAAAAUAGAUCCACAGCCACUGAAAACAGAAAAAGCUGAACCAGAAAAGGUGGAGCCAGCCAAACAGGAGGAACCAGAUAAACCACAGAAAGAUGAACCUGUAGAAGAAAAAAAACCAGAUACAAAACCAUUAUCAAAAGCAGCACUGAAAGUGACUCCAAAGUCCACAUUAAAGUUGGCCACAGUGACUCCUCCAAUGAGGAAACGGCGGCAGGUGACAGAGAAGCUUGAGGGGGCAACUCCAUCAAAAAAACCUGCCGAAGAAGCUGGGACUCCUGACACUCGAACAAAAAGGAAUAGGACAAAGGUGCAGCUGUACCAGUCGCCAACGCCGGAGAUAGCGAUGGCUACCAAACUGUCUGCGUCGGCGGGUCGCGCCACGCCCACCAAACCCAAUGAUGACAAACUUAUUGUUUUUUACAAAAAUGAAUACCUAGCAGUUCGCAAUGCGGAGGGCGGGUUCUACGUGUGCCAGGCCGUGCAGAAUGUCUACCGCUCUACACGCAAGAUCAAGAUCCGCUGGCUCUCUCAGGACAAGGCAGACUCCAGCGGGGAGACUUACAAGCCAGACUUUUAUGAUGUUACAGAUAUGGAGUGCGUCCUUACGACGUUAUCGCUGAGUCGCGCGAGCGGCGGCGCGCAGGUGCUGAAGGCGGGCGAGCGCGCGCGCGUGCAGUCCAUCCUGCAGCGAGCGCUGCGCGCCGAGCAGAGCGGCGCCAACCACCUGCAGCUCACGGAGGAGCACCCCGACGGAUUGGAUCUGUCGCUGUACACAGACGAGUCGCAGCUGGAGAAGAAGGCGUCCCGCAAGAGGAACAGUUCCAAAUCCUCUCCCAAAGCUGAAGCAGACGAUAGCGAAACUGCUAAAAGCGAAGCGACGCCAAGCAAAAAGGCGCGAACGACGCCGAAACGCAGUCCCAAAAGCGUCAGUAAAGCGCCCGCAGCGGCGCCGGCGCGGCCCAAAGGCGCAGGUAGUUCGCCCGCUGGGGCGACUAGCAAGGUAGGCAUAGUCCGACGGAUAUAUAGACAUACGGCCACGGCGUUGACGGAGAAGGCGAAGGCGAAAACGCCGACAAAGCGCACGCCCGCCAAACCGACAAAGGUUGAGACGCCCGUUUCCACGCCGCGGAAAGGAAGGCGCGCCGCGAAAGAGAACAAAUCAACCCCUGUAGUGCCAACCCCCUCGACGUCGACCGGCAAAACGGGUCGCACGCGCCGAUCGCUGAAGAAAUAACACUCGCACAACACUCGCCGCGACAGUCGCGUCGCGCUCGUGUCGCGCGACAGUCGCGUCGCGCACGCGUCACACAGAGAGUCGCACGCGCAUGUGCGUGACUGCAGGAGGUCAUGAGGACUGUACUUUACAUGGCGAUAUACAGUGAGUUUAAAUAAAAUUAUUACAUGGACUCAAAGUUUAACUUUUAUGACCACAGAUAUGUUAAUAACAAGGUAAUAGAAAUGGCAUACGCGUUACUUAACACCUCUAAACUUUCAACUACAUUGGCUCUUUCAUUUGAUACACAAAGAAAUAAACUUAAGCUUGAGCAGUGUCAAGUAACAAUUAAAAUUCAACAAUUUUAAGUCCAAGGUUAGUAUCCUCUAUAGUUACUCAUACCAGUAGGUCUUGCCUUUUUAUUGCCUUGUUAUUGAGAUUUCCUUGUUCAUAAUAUUAGAAAUGUCAGAUGAAAAAAGUUUAUUGUCACAUAUAUUGAAUUAUGUGAAAGUGGUGAACUCUUUUUUUUUAAACGGCUCACCCCUUUUUUAUUAUUAAAAUGCAGUUUUCGCAAUUUACAAAGUACGUAAUUUACGUAAUUUUUUUCAUUUCGUUAAUCCAUGAUAAUGGAUCACACUGGUAAAUUGUUGAAUUUAUAACAAUAUCAUUGAAGAAGAACUUAUAGUUAAAAAAAACCAUGGCUAUCAUAAAGAAGAGUUGGAAUAAAAUUGAGUAUCUACCUACAAAACACAACAUGCUCUACAACCUGGGGCAUAGUUGAUUUUUUACCUUUGUCUGUUACAGUCUGAAGCAAAAUACCUCAGACUAAUUACUUAAGGACUAGUAUUGCACCCAACUUCAUGAACAUGAAUAUGAACAAAAUUGUCUGUAAUUUUUCGAGGAAAACGAGCUCAGAUACUUUACACUAAACUAGAAGUUGUUGACCGUUUUUUAUUCCAUUUAACUAUACAAAUCUUCCUUUAAUCAACUAAAACGACUAGAACUAUGAAACAUAGAUUCUAUAGACAGUUUUUACAGAAAAUCAUAAUACUAAUAAAAUGAUCAUAAUACUUUGACAGAAAAAUAUCGUCUGCCGAGGCAGGUCCUCGUGUAAUUAGUCUGAGCAAAAUUCUUAUAAAAGUAAUUUAAAAAAAAAUUACAUGUGGUCCAUUUGCGUUAGGUAUGCUCAAUCAAAGUAAUGUGGUGUCUCAUAUUGGUAAUGUGUUUGAGGUCAUAAAAAUACUACCUAUGACAUAGGUAGUAUUUUUAUGACCUAUGUUAUAUACAUUGUGACAAAGAUUAUAAGAAUAAGUCUCAGAGAGGUACUGUACCUACAAGUUUCUGUCAUUUUUGUGCAACUUGACCAUGAAAGAAUAAUGCCUUAUGUAGAUUUCGAAAACUGUAUUUGAUUUCAAAAUAGCAAAACUUCUUAAACAUAUUAAUGGUACUGCAAUAAUGUACUUUAGUCUUAAAACACCAUUUGUUUGUAAAAAACAGCAAAGUUUUCGUGAUUUGCAAACUGUACUUAUGGGACGGAGUAUCAAACCUUAAAAAUGUAACAGAACCAUUUAUGUUGUUAAUUAGGCCUAGAUUAGUUGAAUGCCUUCAAAUAUUACGAAUAAGCAAUUGUGUAAGCCUCAAAAAAUAUAAAUAUUUUUUUUAAAUGAACAAAAUGAGGUUGAAUUUUAUGGUCCUCAAAGUUCUUGCACACAAAAAUUAAAUUAAAUAAAUAUUUCCAAACCUUUGAAGAUGUUUUAAAUAAAACAUAUUAUGUACUAUAAAAAACUGUGAGAGAACUAACAGCAUGUUUAAUUGCUGUGGUAUUCAAAUGAAUAUAAUUAUUUAUGAUAGUGAAGUUGGGAUACAAAAAAUACGUUUUGUGACAUCGCUAUUUACACGUGUUGGUAAUAGGUAGUAAAAAAAAAACUACAGCCUAUAAAAGCAAUUUUUAUUACUUAGGCUUACUGAAAUUGUCACUUAUUUCCUUCAAAAUAAGUAAAAAAUUUUGAGCCCCCCCCAAUUCCAUUACGUUACGCUCAAAUCGAUAGAUAUUCGAAAUGUGAAGUUUUUAGCUUUAAACUCACCUACCUUAUCUUAAUCUGACGUGCUGGUUGAGACUUUAUGAAGUUAGUUUUUUUUUGGUUGCCAUAUAUAAUAUACAUUCCCACCAAUAUUAAGGGCUCAUACUUGGUGGAGGUACUCAACAACAUGCAAGGUGUUGUCUCUUAUCAGCCGCGCCCGAGUAACUGCAAAAAUCCCCUCUUCGGCUCCCCUAAAGACGACAGCUCGUAGACAAUAGACUACUGUCAAAAUCUAUUUGCUGCAUUGAAGUGUCAGUAACUAAAACUAUACUUUGAUAUUAUGAUGAAAUGGCACUGUAAAUAUAUGUAGGUACACUAAUUUGACAGAACUGCUUUGAAAUCGGGGCUUUAUAUACAUUUUGUGAAGUCAAAUUAUUACCAGAGCUGUCAAUAGUGAUGUCACAAAGUCACGUGAUACUAUUGUCUGAGAAUUACCCAACAAUUAUUACACACAAAACUAUAUUUGUGUGACUCUCUGUUUGACAUACAUACCUUAGUGUAUACUGUAGUAUUUAUUUGUUUACUUAUUUGGGUCAUUUGUACGCAUAAUAUUUUAUAUAAGGAUAACAUUUUAUAUGUUUCGUUUUUUUUUAAUAUAUUGACAAUGAAUUUUUGUUGGUUUCACAGAGCUAUAAAUAUUUAUGUCAUAAUAAUAUAGAAUGUUUUACAAAGAUAUACAACUGUAAAAAAAAUUACACAUUUAAUGAAUUUAUUGUAAACUGUUUGACAUAUUUUGACAGUAGUGUUAAGUCAGAUGCAAACAAAUCUCUAAAUUGACUGUUUUUUAAUACCCUACUCCAAAAGGAUUUAAUUUAUAAACUGUCAAUUUAGUGUCAAAAGCUGAUCAAAAUGUGUCUUUGUUUUGUAAAACAUUUCUACAUGCAUACAAUAGCUUACAUUUAAGUAAAACUUUUAACUUUUGGUUUGUUUUUUUUUACAAUUAUAAGUACAUUGUAGACAUUAAUUUAUCGAUUGCACAAUAUAAACUAUGUUCAUAUAUAUACACAGUAAAUUAUUACAGUCACAUUCAACAAACAAGUUCCGCACAUACCUGUAGUAAUUUUAUUGGUAGCUUACACUAAAUGUCAAUUUAGUGUAAAAAUGUAGAGCCGAAUUAGCACCACUAUAUUCUUACAUUUUAAUAUUGAUAGUAGAUACAACAAUCUGAUCUGUAACUAUUUUUUAGUUGAAUUUGUCAUUGGCCUAUAAGGACUUGUAUCCAAGGCUGUAAAAUAAAUAAAAAAAAAAAAUGAAUUUGUCAAUAUAUAGUUCAUAAUAGUUUUUUUAUAAAUAAUUUUAGUAUGUGCGGGACUUAAUUAAUGUUUUCUUGCAACACUACCGUAGUCGUAGGCGAUCUGAGACAUCGAAAGUCAAAAAAAUGUUGAAAAAAAACAUCACAAUGUUUAUUUAAAUUAAAAGUAUGUUAAUUUUUUCUCUAAUAUAAUAUUUUCUCUGAUGGAAUAUAAAUAAAAUACAGUCUAUGUAAAUAUUAAAAGUUAAACAAAAAAUAUCAUAUUAUUAGUUAUAUGUGACUGAGUGUGAGGGAGUAACUCCAUUUUCUCGGUACGCAAAGAAAUCUGUUAAAAUGCGUACAGGUACGACUAAAUAGGGUCACUCCCUAAUUCAGUUUUAGAAUGUUAUAUUAUUAUACUUGGAAUGGGGUGUUUUGCCUCUGUAAACGUUAAGCAAUAGCUAUAAUUAAGUUUGAUUUUUAUAUAAGAUUAAUUCUAAACGAUUCUUUACUUUUCUAGAUUAUUGGAUUUAUUGCGAAAUGAAAUUAUUGUAUAUUAGUACAAAGUAUCAAUAGACUGGGAGUUGGUGAACUAAUUGUUUUAUCUAUUAACAUUAGAACUCUUUUUUAAUUUACAUAUUUUCUACAUAAUUACGAAUAAAUAAUUGAGUUAUUUAAUUUAUCACACUUCGUGUUUGUAUUAGUAUAGAUGUGUUUUUUAUUUUAAAUUUUUAUUUAUGAUAUGAAAUCACAGCCAUUAUUAUAAAGUCAUCCAGUUAUUGGUUAUUAAAUAACCUUGUUUUAUUUUUUUAUUUAUUAAAUAAUCAGCCGUGAUAAUGUAUGAAAUCACGGUUGUUGAAUUUUACUAAUUCAAAGUGCAAAAUUAAAAAAAAAGACAAGUGAAAUACUAUGAACAAACUGUUCACCAACUCUCACAAAGGUGAGUGUUAAAGCUUCAUAAGAAUGUUUAUUUUGAUAUGACUCAUUUUUUUUUGUUUAAAAUUAGGAUAUUUCGCAUAAAUUGGACUAUUCAAAAUGAAAAAAAAAAUUUGAUCAUCUAUCUGGACCAAUCAUACUAUUCUAGUGGUGAAUAUUGCAAGGAAUUGUACACAUUUGUAUACCAAAUGCGUUAGCUGUAUUGUAAAAAUGAUUCAUGAGAGUUAUAGAUUAUAUUUAAACAUAAUAGGGAAAUAAUAAAUCUUGUCCCAAUGUGUCUAGGCGAGCAUGACCGUACAAAUAUGACAAAAAAAGUUGGCAACCCUAGAGCGAGGGAACGACGCAUGACGUCAUCUUUUUUCGAGUGUGCAGCCGACUCCAUCGAAUUAUAUGACAUUUUCACGUCAAAAUCGGUUGUCUGUAAAGUCGGUGUAUGAACUUUAAGAGUUACUUAAUCGAAUAUAUUCAUACUCGUAUUAGGUGAGAGAUGCAUAUUCAAAAACAUGAAAUAAUAAUGUUUUCUGUUACAUUAUGUAACUUAUUUUUAAACUUAAUGUUAUAAAAACGGUCAUGCAGGUCUAGUAUACUCGAUGGACAGAUAAUAAAUUUAAACGAAUCUGUUUCAUACAAAAUGUAUCUUUUACUUUUACAUCACUAGUGUUUUUAAUGUUGUUUUGAACACCAAACAUGUGAAAUAAAGCUAUUUUCACACACAACAGGGCAGUGAUAUGAAUGUAGCGGAUUAUUUUAGUUGAAUAUUUUUACUCAGUUUAAUGUUGUAGCAAUGCUACGUACACAGUAACAUUGCUCUGUUGUGCGAAGAUAUCCAUAAUUUUUGUUGUGUCAUUGCGGAUGACCUAAAGAUUCGAAACGCUUUAAAUACGCCUUAUGUAUAUUAAAUUUGGCGAAAUACAUCCAUUGUGAAAUGUACGUAUAUGGCCAUUAUGAAAGUUUAAUAAUAGUAUAAGAUCCGGCAUAAGAAAUGUAUAUCCUCAUCUGUUAUUUAAUUGGGAUAAGAAGUAAAUGAUACAAAAUAUUCACAUUGACACAUAGGUUGCCUAGUUGAACUGCGGCCGAACAGUUUUAAAUGUUUUUUUAAUCUCCUUCCCACAUUGGUUAAUUUAAAAAAAUCAUACACUAGUUAAUAGCAUAUACCCAAAAAAAAAUUCAAACUGCAACUGCAAAUAUAAACAGUUGAGAAAUGUUAUUCAUAUACCCUCUUCCGUUAUUUAGUUGUCUAUGUCUAAUAAAAUCUCAUUUUAUGUUUAAUUUAACUGUAUUAAUUUAUGGCAACCUAGCAUUUGAUCUAGUUCUUGGUAUCCUAGAUUUUGUAUGUAAAAUGUAGUUGGCCACAUUUAUUUUAUAGCACUAAUGAAAAACAGAUGAGGGUAUAUAUUUUAAUGCCGGAUCUUUGACCUUAAGCUGGAUUUUUGUAAAAGGUACAACUUAUUCAAAAGUAUUAGUCAUUACUUUUGAAUAAGUUGUACCCAUUUCAAGCAGUAUUUUUGCCUAUUUGGAGGGGUGGAGAAAUAUUGGUCACGUGUUUUUUUUAUUUAAUAAAAACAUUUGAUAAUGUAUGUAUGAAAAGAGCCAUAGUUUACCGGCCUGGUGUAUAUAACGUUCGUGUCUUUGGGCCGUCCUUACGUUGUUACGAAGCUCGGUUGAGUGUGUGUGUGACCCUUAGGACAACUAAUUAGGUACCUAAUUGUAGGCGAUAUUUCUAAAUAGGUUAAUUUCUAAAGGAGAAAAUAAGUUUUAGAGUUAUAAAUUAUUGCGUGUGCAUUUUCUGUUUGUCGGAGCGAAUGUUGUAACCCGAGUGUAACUUGUCAAGUUUGCAAACGUGAGUCAGCAUUAACUUAUUAAAAUGACAGAUUUUCAUUUUAUUUGACAGAUAUUUUCAUUAUCUGUCAACUGUCAGAUAUCUUUAAUAUCUGUCAACUGUCAGAUAUCUUUAGUAUCUGUCAACUGUCAGAUUAAUGUGACGUUUGUCAAGUUGGAACCUUCCACUGCGGGGCUCUGGUCCUCUGGUACAAUAGCGUGCAUAUGUUAGCGUUUUAUACAAGUGAUAUCAGUCGAGAGUACUAUUGUAACAGAAAGUCCACAAAUUUAUAUGCAAUCCAGAAGUAAAUAUAAAUAAUUUAAGGACAACAA